AUGUCAUCUGAUCAACAUCAGAUACCACCAGGAGUACUGGACGAUCUAUGCAGUCGUCAUAUAAUCAAUAUUCCUGCUGAACAACGUACUAACGUUAUCCUGGUGAUGUUUGCUGUAGAAUAUGCACAUUGGUUUUAUAUUGAUUAUUAUUGUGAAGAUGAUGAUGAUCUACAUAUAUGUAACAUAAGAGACUUUUCUCGACAAAUUUUUCAACAUUGUCCAUUUCUUCGCGAUUAUGUCCAUGAUCUUGACGAGCAUCUCGUAAAAUGGCGUGAAUACAAAUUAAGUGUGCCUACCUACGGUGCUGUUCUAAUCGAUCCAAGUUAUGAACAUGUUCUAUUGGUACAAGGAUUUCAUCAUCGAGAAAGUUGGGGUUUUCCAAAAGGAAAAGUUCAAGAAAAUGAAAGUCCAUUCAAGUGUGCUAUUCGAGAAGUUUUAGAAGAAGUUGGCUUCGAUAUCAAAGAUCGUGCUUCGGAAGAUCAAUAUUUAGAACGUGAGCAUAAUGGGCAACUUGUUCGAUUGUAUAUGGUGAAACAAGUGCCACUGGAUACGAAAUUUGCUCCGAAGACAAAAAAUGAAAUCAAGGAGAUGCGUUGGUUUCCCAUAGCAGAUCUGCCAAACCAUCGACGCGAUACCGCAUCUCAAAUGAAAUUGAACAUCAAUCCAAAAGCAUUCUUUAUGGUUAUACCAUUUAUCAAAGAUAUUCGUCGAUGGGUCAAUCAGGAACAUAGCAUGUCUACAUCAUCCAAUGGCGAUUCUGACAAUGCUAAUGACAAAAAUCAUUAUCAUCACUAUCAUCAACAACAUUAUCAACAGUAUCAACAACAGUCAUCACGGCGGCGAACAGCGACUUACCAUGGCCAGACGUAUUCGAUAAAUCUUCAGCAAAAUCUGUUCGGUGUCGAUCCACAAGCACCGCCAUUCAUUCGUGAUGGUACAUCUGCGCGUGAACAGCGCAAAUCAUCAAGUAAAAUUAUUGCUAAUUUGACUACACCAUCGUCUAAUGAACAAUCGAAAUUGUCAUCAAAUAAUUAUCAAAAACAAUUGAGUGUCCAAGACACUAUACAACGACACUUUUCUCAAAUGCUCAAAAAUGAUUUUAUUACUGUUACGGACAAUACGACCAUUACUGAAACAUUAUUAAUGAGAGGGAAGAAUUCCAACAAUGUUCAUGCAUUAAAUGCUAGCCAACUCACUCCGCCUAUGUCAAAUGACGAAAAUAUACAUCCGGUAUCAGUCAAACAUCAACCAGGAAAGAAGUCUGCAGCUUCGUCUUCUAUUCGUCCAACUCAAUAUCGGAUUUUACCUCGAGGACAACCUGAUGAGCCAACACCUGCAAUUAAGAAAGUUCAAACAACUAAUACUUCAGAAAAAUCUCAACGUAAUCGACGCACCAUUGAUUCUCGUCUGACGACUCCACACAUCUCCGAGCCGUUAGCAAACCUCACCAAUGAUACAUUUUGCUUUAGUGGUCCACGCUGUUGGACCCAAUUCCGUUUAAAUCGUUCUGAAGUGUAUCGUUGUCUUCAGGAGUGA